UUUGCCUCUCCAUAAACUUUUUGUUCACUGCUGUUAUUUAAUACAUACUACUGCUAUUUCUUUUUGGUUUGACAGUGGCACACAACUAAUUAAGAAACAUGAGCAACUCUACUUAUCCAACAUCUCCCAGCACGAUUGGGUCCACUGCUUCACGAAGUAAAACCGUUGUUCGGCAGAAAUAUAUACCACCUCAACAACUUUACGAAGAGGACGUUGAACAACAAGCAGACCAGAUGGAUGACAAUAAUUAUGAAAGCGAUUUCUCCCAAUUCGAAGGUAGAUGCAACUUGACAUCGAAAACCUUAACUGAAUAAAUGAGUUGUCAAACGAUACUCAACGUUUCACCUUUUAACCAGCUGUCUUGAGAGAAAUUCACGAAGGGUGGCAGUUCAUGUUGGAAGAUGACUUUGACCCAGUGUCGCUUACUUUAAAGCUUAUGGAUGAUAGCUCAGUUGGUAAAAAGAAAGAUUAUAAGGCCUUUCAGCGUAUUUUGUACAAUCUAGAUAUGGCCUUAAAAACAAUUGUCAAUGAUUAUUAUCGCGGAUUCAACAAUUCUAUCGGUACCUUUGGGGGUGUUUUACAGUAUAUUAAUGAUUCUUCCAACAGAGUUGUACAUAUUAAAAAUAAUUUAAAGCGUUGUAAAGAAGAUUUGUUGUUGAAAAGAAACGAUCUGUUGAACCUCUGGUAUAAAUCUCAACAAUACAAAGAAAUGCUAAGCAUAUUAGAGACAAUUGAGGAAUUACGAACGACUCCGGAAAAGAUAGAUGCGCUCAUGGAGAACAAGCAGGUAUUAAGCGCUUCAAAAUUAGUUAGCCGUUCGUUGAAGCAAGCUAUGAAUAAGGAUAUGAUGCAGAUUGGUGCUUUGGACGAUAUUAGAAGAAACUUGAAGUCCCAAAAAAAUUUGUUAUAUGAUACUUUAAUUGAAGAGCUUCACAACCAUUUGUAUUUGAAGAAUCCAUAUUGCGAUUCAAGAUGGACAGCUUACACCCCAGGACAACAAGAUCUGCCUGAAAUUUCAGUUAAGCCAAGACAAAUGGAUCAAAACCAAACGAAAGAUGCUCGUACGGUUCAGGAGGUGCUUGUUGAGGAAAACGAUAUUUUAGCAGAAGAUCCUGAUAAAAACCCAGAUACCGACUCCUACUAUUACAUGGAACUUAUCAUGGAAUCGUUACUUGUAUUGGGCGAGAUUUCAUCUGCUUUGCAGACCAUCCAAGAGAGACUGCCUGUUGAGGUUCAUACACUCGUCGACAAGACAAUUGCUGAAGUAGAACAAAGACAUUCUAACCAAUGGAGUCAUUACACACAUCAAAUACAAAGCUACCAUAAUAAGGAUAACCAUAGCGGCUAUUCAAUGAUCGAUAAGAAUAACAGUGACGAAUAUGAUAUAUAUUGCUUGGACAAAGCCAAUUCAGAAGCGAAAAAUGAAAUUUUGAAAGACCUCUUAUGGACCUUGUUCUCAAAAUUGAAAUCAGUAUUAACAGGCCAUCGAUUUGUAGAGACAUGUGCUAGACAUAUUAAACAGAGGCUAUUAUCUGGUACUAUGAUUGAUUUAGAAGAAGGUUCAGGUUCCAGUAUCAAUAUUUAUCAUUUCCACGAAAUUUGGAAACCUAUUCAGUCAGAGAUUAAAUCCCUUUUGCAAGAUUAUUUAACGAACUCUUACCAAAACAUUGUUUCCGUGAAUGACCCUGUUGUUAACACGAAUGCCAGUAAUAACAUUUCUCAAAAUAAAUUUUUCAGCUUUGCAGCAGAAACAGCGUAUGAUGAUUCAUACACCAAUGAUAGAAAUGACGAGGACACGGAAGCGACCUAUGAUGAUUUGAAACAAAAACUCUUCCUCACAUUCAAGAGAAAACAGAUACCAGGAUUUGAUCCGUCAACUAUCCAUACACACUCCACUAUCAUAGAUAAAUACGCCAUCAAUAAUAUGUCCUCAAAAGGCCACAAAGUACUAAUCAAGCCCGAUGCCUAUAAUGUCAGUAUUCUGUUAAAGCCAACAAUGUCGUUCUUGAGCCAUGUAAAAGAAGUGUUUCCAGAUUACGAUGACCGCAAUGAAGAAGCAUUUGGUAGCUUUUUGGAUGACUUUGCUGUUAAUGUUUUCUUGCCUCAAAUUGAAGAGAAGGUCAUGCAAUUGAUACAACAUGCUACUGUUGGUAUCGAUGCUUUCCAAGACGCCCGUGAUUAUCACAAUUAUUCCAAAUACCCUAUUACCAAGAGUGCUGUUGCCCUGAUAUCAGUUAUUCAAAGUCUCUGCCGUACUAUGCAUAUUAUGCCCUUUCAUACAGAUGAAUAUGUUCGGUUGAUUGAAGUUGUUCUUCUCAAAUUUUAUGAAAAAUGUUACCAAAGGUUUUAUUCCACUGUGGCCAAAGGAGCCUCCUCUAUUAUUGAUAGCUCCACUAACAACAAUGUUACGGAUGUUACUAUCAGUACAAGUGGUGACUGGGCCCAAGAUGAGAGUUUAGUAGGCUUACUAUGUCAAAACUCUCUUUUUGACGAAGAUACGGCGUCCGAUCCAGAGUUCAUUAAAGCGCUACAUCAAGCAGAAAUAAACAUGGAAUUGAAGUUAAAAAAUGAUAGAGUAUUAGAAACAAACGAAUUAAUGUUUGAGCCCAAAAAGCAUAUUGCUUUGGGACGACUUUAUCAUACGAUAAAAUGGUUCGUUAGAGAAAUAUGGACACUGCGCUCGCCUUCAGUGAAGGAGGCUACUGCCGUAAAAGCCAGCAACCAGGAACAACAGCAAUAUCAUCCUACGAAUGGACUAAAAAAUACGAAACGGUGGUCAACACAGGAUAUGCCACCACAGCCGGUGGAGGAAGGGUCAUCUCCUACUGUAGACGAAAGUCAAUAUAACACGCUGCAGGUUUCUCUAGCUUUAACGGAAGAUAUAGCAAAGCGGUUUGAUGCUCUACUUACGACAUAUCAGCAACUUGCUGAGACGUGUCUGUUUACAUUAAGAAUAGAAGCACGUAAUCAUACGAUGUAUUAUCUGGAGUUAGCCAUUCGUGAUGGCAAUUAUUAUCUGGAGGAUGAAACCUUUGAACCUGAUCCAUAUAUCAUUACACUGAAUGCAGAUUUGAUGGAACUGAGUGAAAGUGUCAACGCAUCACUACCGCCUCGCGAUGAAGAAUUCGUAUUUGAUGGCUUACCACGCCUCAUUGUCCAUCUUCUUAUAUCGGAAGCAUCUUAUAUAAAACGUCUGAACAAAAAUGGCAUACAAAAAAUGCUUCGUAAUAUUCUGGCAUUACAACAAAAUAUGAAUAACCUUGUCCCUACCUCGCAGUGUAGUAUCAUGGAAAGGGCUAAAGAAUAUUACCAAAUAUUUCAGCUGGGAAGUGAAGGAAUUAUCAAGUCUAUCCAAGAAAACGGACCUAAGUUCAGCUUUGACGAAUACCGUAUAUUACUUGGCUUGAUCCAUGACAUUAAUUUGGAUCAGGAUGAUGAACAACAGCAAAUUAAGCAUAAUAGUUGUACUGCUGCUGAUAGUAAUACGACUACCUAUGACGAAGUUCGAAAAGCGAAUCAUAACAAGUAUAGCGAAUGGCUUCUGGAACUUGUUGAAGUGAUGGCAGAUUAUGAAAAUUAGAUUGUAUAAUAAAAAAGGAUUAGUUAUUUUACUAUAAUUGGAGGGAGCAAACCAACUGUAUC